AUGCACCGCUACGCCAGGCGUAAGGCUUGUCGCGUGAGGAUUGUCGACAGGCCUGAACUUGACGGCAAUGUAAAAGCCUCCAAGUUGUACGACCAACGUUUGAUGCGCUGCCCAUACGUCCGCGCGAUCUGGCGCGCUUUUGCAUCGAUGCAGGAUAUUUUGCAGAUGCAAUUCCCCUCAGCAGUCGCAGGCUUUCACUAUGACGCCGUCGCCGCACCAUACUUGGAUCACAAGUCGUCAAUUCAUGCCCUCUCGCCGAUCCUACGCGCUUGCGUCUGGUAUUGUGUUUGGCUCGAAAGCAAGAACCGUGUCUUCCGUGCAACGCUGACGCAACUUCCCGCUGCUGCGCUCGCAGUCAAGACCGCUACUAUCACAUGUCCGGCACUUGGCUCGACCUCAAUUUAA